GCUUCGGCGCCGCUCGGCUCCCCUCCGCGCGCGCGCCCUCCCUCUCGCCGUCUCGCCUCCCUCGCUCCCUCCCCGCCCGGGAGAGCCGCGAGCUCGAGCCCCGAGGCUGCUGGCGCUGCUGUGUCCCGUGCGGCCGCGGCGGCUCACCUGGGCGCCAGCUCCCGGCCCCGCGCCUUCCCCCACCUCCUCCCAGAGCGGCCGCCGGGGGAGCCGCGACCGCCCCCGCGGCGGGCUCGUCCCCUCGCAUCCUCCGGGCCGCGGGCAGGAAGAGGCGGCGGCGGCCGCAGGGCAGAGCCGCCCGGCCCCGCUGGGAAUAUGGCGACCGGUGGCUACCGGGCGGGCAGCGGCGGCGGCGGCGGCAGCACCACCGACUUCCUGGAGGAGUGGAAGGCGAAGCGCGAGAAGAUGCGCGCCAAGCAGAACCCCGCGGGCGCGGCCGCCCCGGGCGGCGGCGGCGACGCGGCCGGGAAGCCCCCGGCGGGGGCUCUGGGCACCUCGGCGGCCGCCGCGGCCAACGAGCUCAACAACAACCUCGCGGGCGGCGCGGCCGCACCUGCCGGCUCCGGGCCCGGGGGCGUGAACUGCGCCGGCGGCCCCGCGGCGCUGACCCGGGUGGGCCCCGGCCCG